AUGGGCUGAGGUUGUUGCUAUGCAACAUGCCAACAAAACGAAAGGAGAGAAGGGAGGCCAGAAAUGUCAUCAAGCUACUCCGCUAACCAGUAUGAAAACGCGUAUAAGGCACACCGGUUGCAGAACUGGACAGUCCCUAAGCAAUUUAAAGAGAGGCCUUCUACUGCAGAGGCUCACACCACCUUUAUUGCCGAUGAUCGUGGACAUCUCCUUCCUGGAGUAAAGAAGAGCGGCACUGCAUGGUCAGAUUUCAAGGGGACUUGGGAGUUGCCGGUUAGAAUCCACCCCCCCAGGCCCAUCAACCCCACGGCCCGGUCGCUGGAGGGUCUGGCCAGGCUGGGCGUGGGGCCCCGCGGGCCCCUGUGCACCGAGGGGAGGGGCAGUGUUGGAGCAGAGGGACAGAUGGACAGAGAACAGAGCCCCCCUCGUAGUGUGUCCCAGCACCCCAGCAGCCAGCCCUCCCCGGCAGGGGAAAGACAAGCCGCUCUGCUCCCAUCUGGCCCUGACAGACCAGCCAGCCAGGCACCAGAGAGACCAGCCAGCCAGGAACCAGAGAGACCAGGCAGCCAGGCUCUAGAGAGACCAGCCAGCCAGGAACCAGAGAGACCAGGCAGCCAGGCACCAGAGAGACCAGCCAGCCAGGCUCUAGAGAGAGCCAAGUGUGCAGGGAGACCAGCCACUGAUCAGAAGACCGAAGGAGAGACACCGCAGACUGGCAGCAAGAGAUAACAGCAACUGGGACCAGUGCUUUAGACUCUCCCCUCCCUCCCUC